CGCCGCGCCGCCCCCCCCCGCGCCCCGGGGCCCCGACGAGCCAGGUGUGAGGCCCCCGCCGCCUCGCCAGGGCAGCCCUGACCCUGCCGCUGGGGUUUUCCUCAUUUUUUUUGCCUUUUUUUGCCUUUUUUUUUCCCUUUUUAUUUUUUUUUUGGCCGCCCUCCCCUCUCCCUCCCUCCCGUGUCGCCAUCAGGGAAUCCAGCACCGCACCGAAGCCAGAAGAGAGGGAGCAAAACCCAACCCAGGCCGAAAGCUGCGUCCAAAACAAAACCCACCCUUUUGACUGCCGAGGAGAUCCGUUGGGUUUGGUGUAUUUUUUGUCCUAAUUUCGAUUAUUGUUAUUUUUCAACCCUGACCCGGCGCGGAGGGGAGGAAGCGGCGUCGGGGCGGGGAGGCUCUCCCGGUUAUUUAUUCUGUGCCCCCGCAGAGGUGUCUCCUCCGGCUGCCGGCUCACCAUGAUGUUUCGAGACCAGGUCGGCGUGUUGGCCGGCUGGUUCAAGGGCUGGAACGAGUGCGAGCAGACUGUUGCGCUGCUCUCGCUGCUGAAACGCGUUAGUCGGACCCAAGCUCGCUUCCUCCAGCUCUGCCUGGAGCACUCCCUGGCAGACUGCACCGAGCUCCACAUCCUCGAAGGGGAGGCCAACAACCCUGGAAUCAUUAACCAGUGGCAACAGGAAUCCAAGGAUAAAGUGAUUUCCCUGUUGUUAACCCACCUGCCUUUACUGAAGCCUGGCAACAUCGAGGCAAAAGUUGAAUACAUGAAACUCUUGCCUAAAAUCCUGGCCCACUCGAUUGAACACAACCAACAUAUCGAGGAGAGCCGGCAGCUGCUGUCCUAUGCCUUGAUACACCCUGCCACCUCCUUAGAAGACAGGAGUGCCCUGGCCAUGUGGCUCAACCACCUGGAGGACCGCACAUCGGGCGGCUUCGGCAGCCAGAACAGAGGUCGGUCGGAUUCGGUGGACUACGGGCAGACGCACUACUAUCACCAAAGACAAAACUCCGACGACAAACUCAAUGGAUGGCAAAACUCUCGAGACUCGGGCAUAAGCGUCAGCGCUUCCAGCUGGCAGGACAAAAACCUGGCGUGCGAGAACGGCCAUCUGCCCCUCUACUCCUCCUCCUCUGUCCCCACAACCAUCAACACCAUCGGCACUAGCACAAGCACCAUUCUCUCAGGCCAGACACACCACAGCCCUUUGAAACGCUCUGUGUCCCUUACCCCACCCAUGAAUGUGCCAAACCAGCCUCUAGGACAUGGAUGGAUGUCUCAUGAGGACUUACGAGCUAGAGGACCCCAGUGCAUCCCUUCUGAUCAUGCCCCCCUGUCUCCACAAAGCAGUGUAGCCUCUUCGGGAAGUGGUGGGAGUGAACAUUUAGAAGAUCAGCCUUCCGCUCGUAACACAUUCCAGGAGGAAGGGAGUGGGAUGAAAGAUGUCCCAGCCUGGCUGAAGAGCCUCCGGCUGCACAAGUACGCUGCCCUCUUCUCACAGAUGACGUACGAGGAGAUGAUGGCCCUCACCGAAUGCCAGCUUGAGGCACAAAAUGUUACCAAAGGCGCGAGACACAAAAUAGUGAUCAGCAUCCAGAAGCUAAAAGAAAGACAAAACCUGCUCAAAUCUUUAGAAAGGGACAUCCUGGAAGGUGGCAACUUGCGUGUCCCGCUGCAGGAGCUACACCAAAUGAUCCUCACCCCCAUCAAAGCUUACUCUUCCCAAAACUCAAGCACGGAGGAGCACAGCCGGGACGCGGACUCACAUCACCCCUCCUCCCUGAUCGGCUCAGACAGCCAAGGCUCUGACUGCAAGGACUCUGCCGCGGGCGGGAUGCAGCAGCACCAUUUGCCAGGAUGCGAGGGCGAGUCGGGGGGUGCCCCUUUGCCUGAAGGUGACCUGCCUGGACAGUUCACCAGAGUGAUGGGGAAGGUAUGCACACAACUUCUAGUUUCUCGACCCGAUGAAGAGAAUAUAAGUUCCUAUUUACAGCUCAUAGACAAAUGUCUAAUCCAUGAGGCGUUUACAGAGAUCCAGAAGAAGCGGCUGCUGUCAUGGAAACAGCAGGUGCAGAAACUCUUUCGGUCUUUCCCUCGGAAAUCCCUCCUGGAGCUGUCAGGCUACCGGCAGCAGAGGAGCCGAGGCUUUGGCCAGUCCAACUCCUUACCGACAGCCGGCUCUGCAGGGGCAGGACUGGGACGGCGCAACCCCCGCCAGUUCCAGAUCCCCUCCCGCAACCUCCCUACAGCCCGGCUGGGGCUGCUGGGCCCCACUGGACUGCUGGGCACCCCCCAGCGCAGCCCCGCCGCCAGCCCCGCCAUCCUCAAGCAAGGCAGACAGAACCUCUGGUUUGCCAACCCUGGGGGCAGCAACAGCAUGCCCAGCCGGAGCCACAGCUCUGUGCAAAGGACUCGCUCACUGCCCGUCCACACCUCCCCACAGACCAUGCUGAUGUUUCAGCAACCAGAGUUCCAGGUGCCGGUGACUGAACCUGACAUCAACAACAGGCUGGAGUCCCUGUGCCUGAGCAUGACGGAGCACGCGCUCAGCGGUGAGCACUCCCUCCUCCUUGGGCUCUUCCAGCACGUCCACACUGCCUCUGCCGAGCCCCCCAGCACCUGCCCCUGCCCUGUGCCCCCCAAAAGCUGGGACAGGCUGUGGCUGUGAGGGGACAGGAUGGCAGCGGGGAUGGAUGUGGGGAUGCUCCCAGGGAUGGGAGGGUUGGACACGGACAUUGGCUUCUCUCGAUGAGGUGGCAGGGGCAAGAGGGUAAAAACUGAACACAGGGAUCGCACCCAGCACUAGUGGAGUCCGUGCUUACUAGCCACUAGUUAGCUUGCUAAUAAUCAUUAGGAUUAGCUCGCUAGUCUGUUACUAGCUCUUGAUAAAGCCCUUGCCACCGGUACGCUCGAAUGGUUCACAGGCUUUGAAUUAUUUUACCCUUCUGCCACCAGCAUCCCAUGUUUGGCUGGGGGAUGCAGGAGCCCCAAGGCAUCUGGGUGAAGUCCUGCCAGGGGCUGUGCCAGGUGCUGUGACACCAGCACUGGCAGCUCCUCGCCCAUGGCUGGGGUAGCUGCGGAUCCCAGCCCAGGCAGGCAGAUAACAGGGAAGGGGAGGGAGGAGGAUGAGGUGGAAAAACAGGCAGGAAAGAUGGAAAAGGAAUAGCAGUGCGAUGGAGAGCCUGGUGCAGCAAAAAGUACCAGCACCAGAAGCUCCCAUAGCCCCUUGCUGAUGUGCUGGACCCCAAGCAUGAAGGAUGCCUCCGGUGAUGGGACGAGCACGACUACCAGCAUCUCCCAGACCGUCUGGAAUAACCAGCUUGGGUCUCACCACUGGCAAUCCCCAGGCUGCAUCCAACAGUUGAGGCCAGGAGCCCUCAGGGAGGAUGAGUACCAGCGGGCUCCCUGCAGCGAUGCAACAGCCCAUCCGGGGGAGAGCAGCGCAAGAGCAAGUACUGUGAGAGUCUGCAGGGCCCUGGCAGCACCACGGCAGCAUCCCCAGCUGGGAAAACAAGGACACCUCUGUCACCCGAAGUGGUUCUGCAGCGUGUGCCCAGGCGAGGCUUAGCUGUCGUGUUCCUCUGCAGAGUACUGUUCCUCCGAGUUAUUUUUUCCAGGUCGCACACCCCGAGCCUCUCCAAACCUCGUGCUAUAAAUAGCUCUUAAAAAAAUAAACCUUCGGGGGAGAAAAACCCAAAAAGGCGUAACAAACCUGUUUGUUUUCAGUCUUCAGGAGGGAGGCGGCCGUGAUUGAUGCUCUGGGUAGUGUAACAGGGAGUGCUCUGUUCAGGGGCUACCCCAGGAGCCAGUGUCCCCACUGCUCUCCAUCCUGG